UUCCUUUCUACAUUCAUUUCUUUGCGGUGUACACGUGUUUUUCAAGAUGGCACCCGUCGAAAAUGCAAAAAAAUCCGCGAAAACGGGCAAAAAGAACCAUAAACACCCGGUGAACAAAUAUCUGAGUGGAGGAAUUCUUCGUUACUCCAAGAGCCAGAUGUACAAACGUCGUGCUCUCUAUCGUUUGAAGAAUGUUAAGCAGCCAAUCGUACCUAAAACCAAGCAACCCAUCAAGAAGGUGAAGAAAAUCAAUGGACCCAAAAACGGUGGUGAACGUACCGUAUACCUAAAGAAACCCAAGGCUAAUUACCCAACCAAACGUUUCGUUAAGAAGCGUCCAGCUAAGUCGCUGUUCAGCAACCACAAGCGCAACAUUCGUCGCAAUCUCACCCCCGGACGUGUGCUGAUUUUGUUGGCUGGCCGUCACCAAGGCAAACGUGUUGUGUUGUUGAAGGUGUUGAGCUCUGGACUGUUGCUGGUAACUGGUCCAUUUGCAUUGAACUCCUGCCCAUUGCGUCGCAUUUCGCAGCGCUUCGUUAUCGGCACAUCUUCUAAAGUGAAUUUGGGUGACUUGAAAGUCCCAGAGCACUUGAAUGAUGCCUAUUUCCGUCGCUUGAAAAUCAAGAAGGACAAGAAAUCUGGUGAGGGUGAUAUCUUCGCUGUCAAGAAGGAACGUUUCGUUCCCAACGAACAGCGCAAGAAGGAUCAAAAGGAAGUUGAUGCUGCUGUGUUGAAAGCUAUCAAGGCGCACCCAGAAGGCAAAUUCUUCAAGAAAUAUCUGCAAAAUAUGUUUGCUUUGCACUCAUCGCAAUACCCUCAUCGCUUGCGAUUCUAAA